UCCAGUCAGUGAAGACUAUCAUCCAACGACAUGCCACCCAAAGCCAGCGGCAAAGCUGUGAAGAAGGCUGGUAAAGCCCAGAAGAAUAUUACCAAGUCCGACAAGAAGAAGAAGCGUAAGAGGAAGGAGAGCUACGCUAUCUAUAUCUACAAAGUUUUGAAACAAGUUCAUCCCGACACCGGAGUGUCGAGCAAAGCCAUGAGCAUCAUGAAUUCGUUCGUAAACGACAUCUUUGAACGUAUUGCUGCUGAAGCAUCUAGAUUGGCUCACUACAACAAGCGUUCCACCAUCACAUCUCGGGAAAUUCAGACAGCUGUUCGUCUUCUUCUCCCCGGAGAGUUGGCUAAACACGCUGUGUCUGAAGGCACCAAGGCAGUUACUAAAUAUACCAGUUCUAAAUAAAUCUGAACAUUUUCAAAUAAUCGGCCCUUUU